AUGUCACAGCCUCGCUCAGAUGCGCGACGGGAGACUCGUAGACCUCGCAGUAGUGUUACGAUUAAUUCAGUCUCUUCUGUUCGUCAGCGCACUCGUGCACAAACCGCUGCGUAUCUGCUUGGUAUUCGUCCAGAAUUACCCGAUAUCACUGAUACCGCAGAACAGUACCAGGCCCCCGAGCUUGAUAAAAUCGAAUUUCGAGUGCCAUUACACACUAUGGAUAGGAGCCAAUCAACCACGUAUGUGGGCAAGCUGCACUCUGAAUCAGAUGGUCGGCGAGACAUAUUUGACUCCAUCAGAGCUAUCAUGGAUGUUCCAGAACUGUACGAACACUUAGGCUGGCGAUUGUCUACCGCCCGCCACACGGAUCCCCCCCACCGGCUUUUAACUGUGCACGACAUCGACAGUGCUUUCAAAGCUGCAAGGGCGGAUAGCUCUGGGAGGCGACAUAAGAAAGUUGCCAUCGAAAUCCUCAAUAUGGAGCCCACACCCAAAGACAAACCAGCAAAACAAAGGACAGACAUACCUGCUAUAACCGAGCAGAGCCUCCUACCAUCCAACAUAUUCGUGAUCUCCAAGGGGGCCCUUGGCAGACAACAAGAAGGCCAGGCGGUGCCUCAGCCGCUGAAGAGAACGUAUGCACUUUAUUUGGAUAAUGACGAUGAAUCAAGUGACGAUGAACCGCCGCAAGAAAUCGAGGACGUUGUGACGAGUGUCCACUCUCGCUAUCCUGCCAUGAAUUUCCGUCAAUAUAUCAGUACAAUGAAAGAUCGGGGCAUUUUGUACCUGUCGACCACGGCUCAUUUCAAUUCUGGAUUCUACAAAGAAAAAAUAGGCAUGUCAGAAGGCACUGCAUAUACUUUUCAUAGUUAUGUUGAAAACACUUACAUCAAGGCAGAACAUAGGAAACGGGGAAGGAAUGGUAAAGGGAAGAAGGCGCAAGCUUCAAGUUGA